AUGGGGCUAUCAGGUGGCACCGAAGACCCAGUAGCUGUAGUACUACCAGUAGGAUUACUCCAGACGCUCGAAGGGGAGGCAGAGGCACCAGGAGAGCUCGAUACUCUAGAGGACAAGAUCGCGGAUGAUCCAGUAACUGAGCUUGCUGAGACGGCAGAAGAUGGUACAGAGCUACUUGCAGCACUAGACCAAGCCGAUGACCCUGCGAGUGGAGAAGUUGCAGGUGUAGAGGAACCGGAAGCAGAGCUCGCGGGAGGUAGUGCAGCGAAGGUCCCUGAAGAUGGUGCAGCAUGGGUACCAGAAGAUGGCUUAACUGGAGUUCCAGAAGGUGUUGGAAUAACUAUUCCAGAAGGUGGCGGAGUAGAGAUCCCAGAGGAUGGUGUAGCAGAGUUUGCUGAGCCUGAAGACGCAGUCUGA